UACAGUCUACAUUUGGUAUGUUACAGCUAUAUUCAUCUAGCUCGUCUUCACGGUUUCCAUCCGAAUUAUCAAUACCAUUAAACAAUAGAGAUUCAACAUUUAUACACCAUGAUCAAAAUGCUCUAAACAGCACAAAUUCACCAUCGAAUAAUUUGGUGGUAUAUGUAACACGUUUGUAUAUAGAAAAUGAUACAUGGCUUUCGUCUAUUAAAUAUAUUAUUGCUGAUCAUCGUUUUCAACCAGUUGAUUCAGAAUGGAGAGAACAUAUAAGUAAGAAAUUAGGAUUUCAAACAGGACAACCAUACGAUGUCCAACAAUCAAAUAAAAUAUUAAAAUCUCCGAAAUACAAUGAAGAUGUAAAAGUUACUAAGGACAAAAACGAAUUUUUUAGAAUUAUAUCUCUUUUAUUUAGUGGGAUAGAAGAAAAUUACGAAAUUUUACGUAAUAAAGUUUUUGAAACUAUAAUUAACACCAAUUAUGUUAUUAAACUCCUAGGAGAUGAAUUCAGCGUAAAUGAAUAUUUCAGAACGGGUACUAAAAAUACUGAUACAGUCAAAAUGUUAGCUACAAGUUUUGUUAUUGAAACAUGCAUUUAUAUAUAUGUAAAAGCAAUGGGGAAAUGGUUAUACUUACCAAUAGAAUUUCAUAAAGAAAAUUUUUCUAAAAUACAUGAAGAAAAAUGUAUUUAUUUAUAUGAUGAAGGAACACAUUUUUUUAUAGUUGAAGAUGUAGCUGAUUAAUGGAGAACUGUUGAUAUUGCUUUACAACUUCUAAUGAGAAUGCUUUAGAAAUAUAUACAAUGUGAAUCGUUUAUCAUAAACAACUUAUUUACUUUUAAAAUACAAAUAAUGUUGAUUAUAAAUAUUUGAAUUUUUUUUUGUUACAUAAUUUCUUAAUUUAUUAAUUUUUAACUAGUUUUAAGGAUUAUUCCUUUUAUAAGUUAUAUCAUUCAAGGAUGUCAACUAGCUUACUCAAUGAAAUUUAAAUAAUUAAGAAAACGGCAAAAUUACAAAAAUUUGUUAAUGAGUUUCCACACCAUGCCGACGAUAUAUAAGUGUUCUAACAACUAUUAACUUUUUAUCCAGUCAAUAUUUGGAGUUACUUUUUUUUUAACUG